AUGCAUGCGCCGGGCAACAGAGCAAAGAUGUCCAGCAUCUUUGCCUAUCAGAGCUCUGAAGUGGAUUGGUGUGAGAGUAAUUUCCAGCACUCGGAAUUGGUGGCUGAGUUCUACAAUACGUUCAGCAAUGUGUUCUUCCUCAUCUUUGGACCUCUCAUGAUGUUCCUCAUGCAUCCUUAUGCCCAGAAGCGUUCCUGGGGUAUCUAUGGAGUGUCAGCCCUCUUCAUGGUCAUAGGUCUGUUCUCCAUGUAUUUCCACAUGACUCUCAGCUUUGUGGGGCAGCUGCUGGAUGAAAUCUCCAUCCUGUGGUUGCUGGCUAGUGCAUACAGCCUGUGGAUGCCCCGUUGUUACUUCCCCAAGUUCGUCAAGGGAAGCAGGUUCUACUUCAGCUGCCUGGUAAUUAUGACCACUAUUAUCAGCACCUUCUUGACGUUUGUGAAGCCCACAGUCAAUGCAUAUGCCCUCAACAGCAUCGCCAUACACAUCCUCUACAUUGUGCGCAAAGAGUACAAGAAGACUAGAGAUGAGGAUCUUCGGCAUAUGAUUGCGGUUUCUGUGAUCUUAUGGGCAGUUGCACUGACCAGCUGGAUCAGUGACCGUGUACUUUGCAGUUUCUGGCAGCGGAUUCACUUCUUCUAUCUGCAUAGCAUUUGGCAUGUCCUCAUAAGCAUCACUUUCCCUUAUGGUAUCGUGACCAUGGCCCUGGUGGACGCCAAGUAUGAGAUGCCAGAUAAAACCCUCAAAGUCCACUACUGGCCCCAGGACAGCUGGCUCAUUGGGCUACCCUAUGUGGAGAUCCAGGAGAAUGACAAGAACUGCUGA